UUUAACCAGUCAUGCUAGUUUCCCAGCAUUUUUAAAAGCUGCAACCAAGCAUUUAGGGUUGUACGCCUAGUCACAACACAUCAGAGGCAGGAAAAACAUUUUCCUGUCACCUCACAUCACAGGAACCCUUAAGCCUGAUGGCAGCGAUUUCAUUCCCUGAAGAGGACUUACUUUGUCCUCAAUGCUCUGAGAUUUAUUACCUUCCUGUUCUCCUAAAAUGUGGCCAUAAUAUUUGCAGAGUUUGUUUACAGAAGUUCUGGGAAUGGAAAGGAUGUCGAGAAUGUCCUGUGUGUCGCACUGUGUCUGACCUCGGGAGGCCUCCUAUCAAUUUGCUACUAAAGAUAGCUGCGGACGAAUAUCAAGUGCAAAAGACAAGCAGGAAUCCACAGGUUUGCCGUCUUCACAAUGAGAAGCUGAAGCUUUUUUGUCAGAAUGACGAAGUUCUCAUCUGUCUCGUCUGCCAAUCGUCAAAACAGCAUAAAGUUCACGAGUGCUGUCCAGUGCAGGAGGGGGCCCAGCAGAAAAAGACAGAAAUUUCAGCCAUGCUGGAGUCCUUGAAGGAAAAGCACAGAAUACUAAUCAAAACCAAGGCGCAGUGGGAGGAAACCAAAGACUAUAUACAGAGCCAAGCUUAUCAAGUUGAGGAAGCGAUUAAGGAGGAGUUUGAGAAGCUACGCCGGUUUCUUCAGGAUCAGGAAAACAGUAGACUGAAGGUGCUUAAACAGGAAGAGGAAAUUAAAACCAAAGUGAUGAGCGAAAAGCUGGAAAACAUCAAGGACCAGAUCAAAACCCUCUCUUCCACCAUCAGUGGUAUUGAGGAAGCCCUCAGAGCGAAGGACUUACCAUUUCUACAGGACUACAAGCAGACAAAGAAGAGGGCCAAAUGCAACAUUCAAGAGCCAGAGUGUAUCAGAGAUAUCCUGAUCAACUCUGCAAAGCAUCUGGGAUUACUCAAGUUUGGAAUUUGGAAGAAAAUGGCCAACAUCGUUACAUGUGUUCCCUUCACCCUGGAUCCAAACACUGCCCAGUCCAACUUAAAGUUCUCUGGAGAGUUGACCUGCGUACAAUACAGCAGUAAGCAGCUCAUACCUGACAACCCCGAACGCUGCACCAGCCGUGUGUGCGUGCUGGGAGCAACUGGCUUCACAUCUGGGAAGCACAGCUGGACCGUGGAGGUCGGCCAGGGCAAAGACUGGUACAUCGGAGUGGCACAAGAGUCCAUCAAGAGGAAGAGUAGCGUCUUCCUCAACCCGAGUGAGGGUUUCUGGGUGAUCGGCCUGUGCAAUAGAGACUCAUUCUGGGCUCAGACCUCGCCUCGCACCAAGCUUGUGUUGAAGCAGAAGCCUGAGAAAAUUACUGUACAGCUGGACUAUGACAAAGGAAAGGUUGUUUUCAUCAACGCUGCUGAUUUGACAACAAUACACGCAUUCAAAGACAAAUUUACAGAGAGGAUUUUCCCCUAUUUCUCCCCUGGAUUGUAUGCAGUGGAAGAAAUGUCCAUCCCACUGAAAAUCUGUCCUCUGACAGUAACAGUGUCUGUAGGGUAGAGUCACAUACAGGAAAACACAUGGCACUACAGUUGGAGAAAACUUUGUUUG